CCAAGGUAGAGGUGCUCAGAAACAGAUACGCAUUGCUCUGAAAUAUACUGUAGCUAUCCAUAGAGAAGUCGCAAGACGAGACAAAGAGAGAAGAAUCAUGACUAAGCUAUACAAUUUCAAGAGUGCUUUUUUACUGCUGAUUAUCGUGACCGAGUCAAUCAUCUGUAUACCAAUGGCAAAAUCUAAACGACGACGAAAGUCCCAGGCUUCGGGUGGAAGACCAAAUGUUCUGCAAGUUUAUAACUACACCGACGCUAUAGCAAAUUCCCCGACUAAUUUUCGCACAAUGGUGUUAUAUUCAACCAACGGUCUGGUCUAUCUUCAAGUCAACAACAACAUGAGACUGGGAACGAAUCAAACCCUUGGUCCUAGAGCAAAAUUCAUUGGUGAAACUAUGUCUAACACGGUACUGAGGUUCAAAAACGAGGUCAGCAAACGAUAUCUUGCUAUCAAUCAAAAAGGAAGAUUGUUGCUACAGCGCAAACCAAACGACGACUGCCUGUUUGUAGAGACAUGGAAGCAGGGAUUUCACACAUACGCAUCAUUUAAAUACUACAAGAAACAAAAAUAUGAUACAUUUAUUGCUGUUAAAAAUAGCGGCGAUAUAAAGUCGCCACUAUUGACAGCAAGAGAUCAAAAAGCCAUCUUAUUCAUGAACAGCGUUUGAUAGGAUGCGUCAAAUAACUACAAAAAUAGAAUUGUUUGAAAACAAAUAACCAUGGUACGAAAAAUAUUCAACCUCCAAAGUUUUUCUAAGAUUGAGUUUCAGGCCAUUUAAGAUUCAAAGUGUAAAACCAAGUAUUUAAUAGAUUGAAAGAUGAAAUUGAUGCAGUCUGAAAGGCAAAUCGAACAAAAACUUCCAACUUGAUGUAGCCUGGAGAUUAAAAUUCUCCUACCAUGGUCAUUUUCACGACAAAAGCUGAAUGGAUACAUUUGACCUUUGUUUUAUAAAUAUACUAUAGGUAAAAAUAGCUUUCAAACAUAAAUAAACUUGCUAUUUGGCUUUUGCUCGCCAUUUCAUGAAUACACAUCGUCAAGGAACAUUCUUAUUUCAAACUCCCACGGCAUUUAACUAUAUUUAUUACGUUAGCGCAUUUAAUGUAAAUUAUAUAUCGAAUAGCGAAGCAUAUAAAAUAAUGACGAGUACUUAAUGUAUGAAUGAUUAUUAAGUAAAAUAAUUGUAUGGUUUAAGGAGAUGUUGUAAGGUAUUUGCCUUUUGAAGGUUUUAUAAUUUAUUAUACAAAUAAAGACAGCAAGAGUUCAAA